AUGGUUGGCAUAGAGAAGUUUGGGAAUGUCUAUUUUGUGUGGCUAACACAAAAUGUGUCAGAUAAAAUUGAUGAAGAUCCAACUAGUGGAAAGAUAAAAUGGGAACAAGGGAGGCUUAAUGGAGCUCCCAACAAGGUAGAGAAGAUAGUCCAUUUCUAUAUCGGAGAUGUGAUAACUAGCUUGCAUAAGCCAUCUGAUGUAUCUAGUGGUAGAAAGUGCAUUCUUAAUGGAAUGGUAAUGGGGAGCUCAGGGGCAUUUCUCCCGUUCACUUCUCGUGAUGAUGUUGACUUCUUUUCUCACCCAGAGAUGUAUAAGAGACAAGAACCCUCUUUCUUUAUUCUAACACAAGGAGAAAAGAAAUACGAAGAACGUGUUUAG